GGCAGUUCUGUCUGAGAGUGAAACCAGGAGCAAGUUAAAGCAUUGAGCAGAGGCACUGCGCACUGCUGAAUAAGAGGAAAGUGUCAGAAACUGCAUUCAUGAACUCAACUCUGGUGCGCCUUUAUUCAACGACUGUUUUUCAUCAUGGGAGAUGGAUCACCGUAUUCAUACCCCAAUAACAAAUCGGACCCCGGGACAGCCGAUUCCAGCUACACAGACCCCGGUAUCACGAAUCCGUGGGUGAUUGGAAUGGGAAUGCUCAUGGCUUUGGUAGUCAUGCUCAUCGUGAUUGGAAAUGUACUGGUGAUAGUUGCAAUAGCCAGGAACCAGAGGCUGCAAACGCUGACUAACUUGUUCAUAGUUUCUCUGGCCUGCGCUGAUUUGAUAAUGGGCUUGCUAGUGGUUCCCUUUGGUGCCGUUUUAGUGGUUCAAGACACUUGGCUGUACGGGUCUUUCUUUUGUGAAUUUUGGAUUUCGGUGGACGUUUUGUGCGUCACUGCCAGCAUCGAAACACUUUGUGUGAUAGCGAUCGACCGGUACAUUGCUAUAACAUCUCCAUUCCGUUACCAAAGCUUGCUUACUAAAGCCAGAGCCAAAGGGAUCGUCUGUGUCGUCUGGGCUAUAUCGGCAAUGGUUUCUUUUCUCCCCAUUCUGAUGCAGUGGUGGAGAGAUCGCAACGAGGCUGCUGAGAAAUGCUAUGCCGACCCGAAGUGUUGCGAUUUUGUUACCAACCAGGCUUAUGCCAUUGCUUCGUCUAUAAUCUCUUUCUACAUUCCUUUGGUGGUGAUGAUAUUUGUCUACGCGAGAGUGUUCAGAGAAGCUAAAAAGCAACUUAAGAAGAUUGACAAAUGUGAAGGUCGGUUCCACAAUAAUGCCAUUCCCAACGGAAAGCCUAAUAGGAAGAGACAGUCAAAGAUCCUCGCAAUGAAAGAGCAGAAAGCCCUUAAGACUCUUGGCAUCAUCAUGGGUACUUUCACUCUCUGCUGGCUACCUUUUUUUCUAGUCAAUGUAGUGAGAGUGUUUUACACUGAACUAGUCGACAAGAACCUCUUUGUCUUUCUGAACUGGUUGGGAUAUGUAAAUUCUGCUUUCAACCCUAUAAUUUAUUGUAGAAGCCCAGACUUCAGGAAGGCGUUCAAAAGGCUGCUCUGCUGUCCAAGACAGGCUGACAGGAGACUACAUGUUAGCGCUGGUGACCUGUCGCGGUAUUCUACGGGCUUUAUAAAUUCCCUGGAUCCCAGUUUAAUAGCAAACUGGUCCGAUUGUAACGGACAGGAAAGUAGCGACUGCAGUUUGGAUAAGAAUGGAAAAGUCUCUCAUUCAGAAUCACAGUUGUAACAUUUGGGAAACUUUUAAACAAUAGACAUUAGAAAGCCACAGAUGGAAAAAUCUUCCUAAACGCUUUAGUCAGUGGCGAGGCUCCUGUGUGUUACCAUUAUUGUGGAAAAUCUAAAUAUCAAGAUCCGUGAGUAAUCUCUUAUCAUCGCAAAACGAUAUUGCUAUUUGUCGUUUACUUUAUUUUUUAAUAUUUGGGUUUUAUAUUGAGCAGGUGAGCGCGGAGUAUCCAUCAUGUUCAGCAAAUUGUUGUUUUUUUAAAAAAAAACGGAGCAAUUUAUAGAGUUCAUCAUCAUUGUGCGUUGGCACAGCAUGAACCCCACCAUAAAGGAAGCAAAACUCGCCCAUACUUGGCACUUUAGAGGGGUUGCGAAUUUCCAGAGACUUACCAGAAAACCGUUAACCUUUUGUGCACGGAAGCGCUUAUUCUAUCAGUUAAACUGUCUUUGCCGAAAGGAGGCUGCUGCCGAAACCUCGAAGAAAGCAAUAGACACUGGAAAGCGAUGCAACACUUCAAAUGAAAUUGAAACGAUAGAGUAUUGAUAAUUCUACCUCAGACUGUACGGGCUGUACAGAAGGAACAUGUUUAUAUUAAACACGUUUACACAGACUUUAUGAAACGUAUCAAAUUGUAUUGCAAAUGUAGGACCUGGAUACUGCUACACUAGAUUGCAUAAUAGUGUUUCAUUGUCCGUUAGAAAACAGUAUUCGCAAUGGAGAUGCGUGAAUUCGGGAACAUAUUUUGACUUGAAUUUUAUGAGAAAGAACAUGAUACAAGUAUUUUAAUAAAAAUAAGUAGGCACCUUUGGGACGUUCACUAAGCAUCCUCAAUGCUGUUACUUGCACUUUUUAAGCGACAAAAGCUACCGUUUCAGCAAGAAAGACAAAAAGUGAAUGUAAAGUUCUUGCUUAGCUGCUUGACGGAUUAAAAUUAUUUUUUAAACUACCGUGUCUGUGCAAGACAACAGUUUUAGGUGUAUUAUGUUAUAAAUUUGUGUUGCUUGAAUCCAGACGUGUGUAGAAUACUUCAAGGGACAUGUACGAUAAACCUUUGGUCACUCGUCUUUCCUUGUGAAGAAGACUGUCGAUACGGCGUUAUUUAUUGCAGUAUUAUACAAAUGUGUAUGAAGUUGCAUAUGUUUAACAGCAGAUGUACUGUAACUAAAAACGUUUUUUUAUUUAGUAUUCCACGUGCAGCUGGUAAUUUAUCAAUGUAUUCCAUGCGUCACAAAGAAUAUUGUAUGAUGGUCGUGUAUUUGGUCGAUGUGCAAUAAAUUGUCACAAAAUGACAGCACUGUGAGUAUUUUCUCACACUGAUUUUAUUUGGUUGCAGUACUGUAUAUCACUUUCUUCAUUCAUUGAACUGUUCACGGUCAUAAAAGAAAUCGGCAAUGUG